AACCAGGUACGCAUAAUUAUUUAUUUAUAAUUACUAAAAAUUAAAGUUAAAAACAUGAUUAGCCGCAAGACUGGAUGGACACGGGUGUACAAAUUCCGUAUGUUGGUUACUCUUUUUCCUUUUCCAGUGAUUUGGUGUCUGCACUGUAAUCUCCAUCGGCAUCUUUCGUUCUUGGCAUUGCGGUGCUGCCACGGCUCUUCUAUGCCCCUUAACCGGAGCUUCAUUUCUAGCACACACGUAUCAUGGCAUAGUGUCAUCAUGCCCCCAAAAUUAGCAUCCCUUUUGUAAUUUAUCAAUUUUCAAUUUUAUUAUUGCGUCAGAAAAGAAAAAGAAAAAAGAAAAUCCUUAUUAUUAAGUCACUUAUAGGAGGUUGGGACUCCAUCACUUCACUUUAGAAAGAUGAAGAGGGAAAGGGUGGAAGACGCGAGAGGGGAAUGCUCUAGUAGUGCGAAGGGAAAGAAGAUGUGCGAGGAAGAAGAACGCGAGGACAAGUUGCUGGCGGGUGUAGGGUACAAAGUGUGUUCCUCAGACAUGGCUGACGUGGCACAGAAGCUCGAGCAAUUGGAGAUGGUGAUGGACGAAGACGGAAUUCCCCAUCUCCCCACCGACACCGUGCACUACGACCCAACCGAUCUCUACGGUUGGGUCCAGAACAUUCUCACCGAAAUCAACAACAACAACGAUAACGCACUCAACCACACCACCGUCAACGCUCUCCUUCCCUCGCCGUUUAUCGCCGAUUCCGAGAACGACCUCAGAGCGAUUCCGUUACCCUACGUCCAAGCCUAUCCGCAACCGGAAAAUCAAAUUCAAAACCAAAAUCACUACAAGCGUUUCAAGAGUUCCUCCUCGUCUUCUCCGCUGUCGCCGGCGGUUUCCUCGAUUUCAUCGGAAAACGCGCUUCCGGUGGUUCUCGUGGAGGAAGCAGGCGUGCACCUCGUCCACGCGCUCAUGGCGUGCGCGGAGGCCGUUCAGCUUGGAAACGCGAGCCUCGCCGGGGCUCUCGUGAAGCACGCGGGAACCCUCGCGGCGUCGCAAGGCGGUUCCAUGGGGAAAGUCGCGUCGUUCUUCGCUCAAGCACUCGCUCGAAGAAUCUACGGUUUCUACCCGCACGAAACCCUAGACUCUACCUACUCCGACACACUUCACAUGCAUUUCUAUGAGUCAAGUCCGUACCUGAAGUUCGCGCACUUCACCGCGAACCACGCCAUCCUCGAAGCCUUCGCCGCCGCGGAAACGAUUCACGUGAUCGAUUUCGGCCUGAAGCAGGGGCUGCAGUGGCCGGCGCUGAUGCAAGCGCUGGCAGUCCGUCCUGGAGGUCCGCCGGCGUUCCGCCUCACCGGAAUCGGUCCGCCGCGACUCGACGACACGGACUCCGACGCGCUGAGUCAGGUCGGUUUGAAGCUCGCGGAACUCGCGCGAACGAUUAAGGUUCGAUUCGAGUUCCGCGGAUUGGUGUGUAACAGCUUGACGGAUCUGGAUCCGUCCGUGCUAGAAAUCCGUCCCGGAGAAUCCGUCGCUGUGAACGCCGUCUUCGAGCUUCACCGGUUGCUAGCGCGACCUGGAGCGAUAGAAAGCGUGUUAGCGACAAUUAAGAUGAUGAAACCGGAGAUAAUUACCGUGGUGGAGCAAGAAGCGAACCACAACGAACCGGUGUUUCUGGACCGGUUCACGGAGGCGUUGUACUACUACUCGAGUUUGUUCGACUCGCUGGAGGGAUCGGCGGCGGCGCCGAGCGAGGAGGCGUUGGUGAUGUCGGAGAUGUACCUCGGGAGACAGAUAUGCAAUGUGGUGGCGUGCGAGGGGGAGGAGCGCGUGGAGAGGCACGAGACGCUGGGGCAGUGGAGAGGGAGGCUCGGUUCGGCGGGGCUGGAACCGGUUCGGUUGGGUUCGAACGCUUUCAGACAAGCGAAGAUGUUGCUGGGACUGUUUCGCGAGGGGGAAGGGUAUAGGGUGGAAGAGAACAAUGGGUGCCUCAUGCUUGGCUGGCACACGAGGCCACUCGUCGCUACCUCCGCGUGGAGACUCGCACCCGCUGAGUUCACUCGCUGGGUCCGUGUUGGGAAAAUGACCUGAACUCAUUACUCAUAUACUGUUACUGUAGAUUGUUUUCUUGAGUUACUUUACACCUUGGAAUGGGAUGAUUCAUGAAUAUUCCAAGUCAAACUUGAGUGAGUCAGUACUCAGUAGCCAAGUGAGUGAGUGAGAGAGGGUAAAUAAACAUAGUAAAAAACCAACUAAAUAUCCUAAUUUUAAUCAUUCUGUUAUCGAUUACCCUUCUUAGUUCUUAGUCAAAUUAAUGAAAAUAAUUCGUUGGAUUAUGUUCAAAA